UGGUGGGGUGCAGCGUCUUUGACUGCAAACCCCAAACCCACGUCCACAACAUGAAUCCGACAAAGUCAAAUUCCACGUAUUUAACUAAACGACCGUGCUUGACGCCAGCCCUAGUUUGGACGGCCGGGAUGCGAGGGCGGCAUUUUGGGGACCUGCCGUUUUGGGACGGCGGCAGCGCAAGAAAGAAAGAAGGCCAGAUCUUUCACAACAACAAACAAGCUUUGUAGGUUUUUCCCCCUCUCUUUUCUUUUCUAGCUAUUCUCCUUCUCUAGUGGCAUCGCAUCGCAUUCAAGAGAUGGAUGGAUUUUAUUGCCCGAGAGGAGCGCCCGUGAUUGCGAGAGCGAGAGGUAAGCGCGGGCGAUCGAUCAAGUGGGAUUGAUUGAUUGCGGCACAGGCAGCGGGCGCGCAAGCGACCGCCUCACGAGAGAUCCUGCGCGUGCUUUGCAGGAUCUUGGAUCGCUCGCGACAUGAUCUCGACGAGUGUGAGGUGAUUCGCGUAUGGGCGAAAAUAUUUGGGAGAUUGCCCCAUCUUUUAUGCACGUUUUCUUCGGACCUCGCUUUCAUUCCUUCUAAUUUCUUGGAGCAUCCACCGGUAUUCUUUGCUUCUCCGAUUUGCGCGGCGCAUUCGCGAUGGAGAAAUGUGGAUGGUGUGGGCUGGAUUCACUCGAGAACACGGCAGCAGCACUGUGAGAUGAUGAAUGGAUUUGGAUGAUUGUACUCGAGAGGAGGAGAAUCACGAGCGGCACCACCAACAGCCAGAGAAUGCUUGGCCGCAACAAUCAUGGAUGCUGCUACGACUGGUGAGUGUGACCCCGUCAUAGCCUCUAGUCAACACUACUGGAAGAGGAACUCUCGAGUAAGUUGCAGUACUAGUGGUGGUCCUCCAUGGUUUCUUCCGUGAAAGACAAGCAGCCGGCACAGGACCCGGGCUCUCCGUCUCAGUCGGUCUCGGAUUCAGGCAGCUCGCCGUGUCACCGGACGAGCUUGGAUCAGCGAGCUUCCACGAUCGCUGGCCUGCAAAACUUGGAACUGGAGAAGACGAGUGGAUCCUCCCCGGAGGCGGAUAAGGCCGCGGGAGACGAAAAGAAGAAGAAGAAGAGACGGAGGAGCGGGGGAGGAGCAGUGGCUCAAAAGUCUCCGGAUCAGCAGCAGGAUCUCGGCGAUGGUGGAAAGCCUUCUCCGGAUCAACAGCAGGGCCCAGGAGGAGCUACAGGCAAUCUGGACAAGUCAACUCCAGGUGAUCCUCAUAAUUCCCAGCACGAUCCAAACACGGCUGGAGCAGUAGCAGCACCAUCAGCAGCAGCAUCAGCUUGGUGGCUACAGCAACAGCCAGUGGAUCCAUCAACUGUCCCAGCGGCGCGAUUCAGGCAGCCACCACCUUACAGCUAUCCUCCGCCGCAGUUCCGGCCAGAGUUACGCCUCCCCACGUCAGUGAUCCGGCCGACGAGCAUUCCGCACGAGAAGUCGCCGUUUCUCGGUCGUCCGGAGGAGCACCACGGCGCGGGCUUGAUGAGCCAGGACGUGACGGACAAUGGCAACGCCAGGAUCAUCGGUUCUAAGAAAGCCGAAGGCAAAAGCUUUGUCGAGUGGCGACCGGAAAUGAGCCAGGCAGCGGCACUGCCGUCGAGCUCGCUGGUCUUAUCUCAUGGCUGGAAGAACCAAACAACGAGCUACUUCACUGGCUUGAACGCCAACUUCCGGCCAGACAUGAAUUUUCCUUUGCCGCAGCAGGGCUGGAAUCUUCCUUCCAGCAGUGUGGGACUCGGUCUCCACAACCCAGUUGCAACUGUAGGUGGUGGGGAGAACUUAUUCCUGGGACGUCCACCGGAGCAGACCCGAGUCAUCACUGUCGUCAUGGAGGGACGCUCCAUAGAUGGGAGGAUUUGCCUGAGUGACUACGAUGGCUAUGGCAGCUUCGCAGCGGCACUACGAUCGAUGUUCGGACCGGAGGAGGAAGCCUCCACAGCGGCGGCGGAGCAAGCUUGCAGCCUCUCUAACGCAAUCCCGCACCACAUUAUCGCGUACGAGGACGCCGAGGGUGACCUCCUCCUCGCCGGUGAUCUCUCCUGGAGGUGGUGCUCGCAUCUUUUACAGUUUCCUCCGCGAAAACACUGUGAAUGUCUCUCUUCCUGGUUUGGCUUUGCUUUGUCAAUUCCUGCUGCUUGAGUACGUGUAAGUCGCCACCUUUUUCGUGCUUUGCGAUUCUUUCCAGCUCUGCUGCUACUGUGCUUCGUUCUCACUCUGUCGUGUGGC